AUGCCGAACCCAUCUCAGUUAUUCCUCCUUGCUGAUCACAUCAAAUUGUCGCUGUUGGAGCGACAACGAGCGAUCUCACUGAAUCUGGAGCCCAAUAGUCAGGAUGGAGAAAUCUCCCGCUCUUUAGAGUCUCUGCGGGAUGGCAUUGAAUCGGUAGAAUCGGAAGUGUCGCGUCUGGAGGAAGCGAACGACGAUGGCGUCACUGAUCUUAAAGAUCAGCUCCUUCAUCUGCAAUCACAAUAUCGCGACCUCUCAUCCCAGUUUCACGAACAGGACGAUUCGGCCUUGGACUCGGAUUUCAGUAAUGUCAAAAAGUCGUCUCCAGACCUGAAACAGCCGAUUCCACAGCAUCCGCCUUCCAAGUCUGUCCGAUUCAUGGACUCCGCAGCGGAAGAGGCUGAUGAAAAUCGUCGCAACCUCUUUCAGCCAUACCGCGACUCGCCUUCUCCAAGUCUGGACCACUCCAACAUGUCAAAUGAACAGAUUUACGACCAUCACGCUGAGACCCUCCGCGAGCAGGAUGAACAGUUGGAUCGGCUUGGGGAGUCAAUCGGGCGACAGCACCAGCUCAGCAUUCAGAUUGGCGACGAGCUGGAAGGACACGUCGCACUGCUUGAUGGCAUGGAUGGUGAUGUCGACCGGCACCAGAGACGAUUAGAUGGCGCGAGGAAACGGCUGGAUAAGAUCAGAAAGAGGGCGGGUGAGAACUGGAGUAUGAUGACCAUCAUUGGUCUGAUUAUCAUUCUAGUCAUUCUGAUUGUGAUCUUGAAAUGA